UAAACAUUGAUAUGUGGAAUAUGAGUACAAAUGACUUCAAGUAGAGUUUCAGUUCUAAAGCUAUUUUGCAUCAGUUUAAAAAUACAAAGUCCAUAAACAUGAUUAUAUAAUUUGAAAAAUCAUCAUUAUUAUCGAUACAAACAGUCAAAAUUAUGAACUCAUUUCAUCAAUCAUUCAUUGUGAACAAUCAAAAGAUAAUCAUAUAAUCACACAGGAAACCAAGCUAAAUCACUUGAAAUUCGACAUGGAAUACAAGUCAUCAAAUUACUCAGCUACAAAUAAAUUAAACUUUAAACAUAAUACAAACUACCAAACAAACCGUCUGAGACGCAAAUUCAUUUGGAUCGGUUCCAUCUCAUUACUCAUCACAUCGCUUACAGUUACAUAUUACAUAUCAUAUGCAGCUUAUUAUGAGUAUAUGUUGGCGGAAUUCAAUCAAGUCAAUAACCACAUCUGUCAAUACUUAUUCUCAAAGAAUUUGAGUUGGUUAGAGUAUAUGGUGGUGAGAAAUAUUCAAUCACCAUUACAUCGGAAUUUCGCAAACCUGACGAACCCACACACAUGCAACGAAUUCAAGUUAUUCCAUGGUGAAGUUGUUCAGUCGACAUUGGAAGAGAAGCAAUUCCCUCUAGCAUUCAGUCUUGCCGUUCAUGCGAAUAUUAAACAGGCGGCUCGUCUUCUCCGUUUGAUCUAUAGAUCACAUAAUAUGUAUUGUAUUCAUGUGGAUUCUAAGUCGCCACGAUUGUUUUAUGAUGAAGUGAUGCAGUUGGCCAGAUGUUUCGGUUCAAAUGUGAUAGUAGUGAAUCGAUCAGAAAGUGUGAAUGUGAAGUGGGGAUAUUACUCUGUGCUUGAAGUGUUUCUCCUUUGUGCAGAGAAGUUGAUAAAUAACAGUGAGAUUAUUUGGAAGUAUAUUCUGAAUGUGAGUGGUCAAGAGUUGCCACUUCGAACCAAUUGGGAAUUGGUUGCAUUGUUGAAAGCGAUGAAUGGAUCAAAUAUAGUUGAGAAUUUGGGACCUAAGCAUAAUCCAGAACGUUGGCCAAAGAAGAAUCUCACGUUUCCAAUAAUUUGGAGUAAAGGCAGCUUUUACAUGGCAUUGAAGCGGGAUUUUGUUCAUUUCUACCAAACCGAUCCAAAGGCAAAGGAAAUACUAGAUGCGUUAAAAGCUGAGAGGAAAGAGAUGAAGCAUCCAGAUGAGUUGUUUUUCUCUACAUUGAAUUCCAAUCCGUUGCUUGGAGCGCCUGGUUCCUGCAAUCAAACAUAUCUUACUUCCGACGCAGAUGUACGAUCGAAAUACAUAGGACGUUAUGUGAAGUGGGACAAAAGACGCUGUAGACGUGGAAGAAUUCGCCAUGGUAUAUGUCUUAUUGGUAUCUCCAUUCUUCCAUACAUUCCGGAACGAAUGGAACUAUUUGCUAACAAAUUCAGUGAAACAUUUGAACCGAUCGCUUAUGAUUGUACAGAGAAUUAUAUUAUGGAAAAGGUUCUGACCGAAAUGAAAACUCAUCAACUCAAUCCAAAUUUUAAUGUGAGCUUUUACUCACAACUCUAUUGUUCACAAGAUCACGUGCACUGAACACAAGUAAGAUGGAUCAAUCAGUUACUGGUUGACAUUGUUGUUGCAAACGUUUUUGAGAAACUGUGUGAUUGAUCAUUGAUAUUUUACCACCCUUUUUAAAAUUCGUCUUCAUUUCUU